AUGCUGGACACCAUCAUCCCUUCGCUGCAGGACCUGGGCAAGAAUGUGUUGCCCACACUGCCCUCGCUGAGUCAGGAGGAAGUCUGUAAUAUUUGGGAGCAUGUAUCAGCAUUUAUAGAACGGCAGCUAUCCCUACACAAGGGGGUUCAGAUUCCAGGACUUGGAACUUUCACUUUCAUGAGACAAAAAAUUGAAGUGGGAAACAGCAGGUUCAUUCUGUUUCAGAGGCCUGUCUUUAUCAUGGCGGAAAAGUUGGUACAGCUCCAUGGACUCAAACAAAACAAAGUGUUUACUCCUGGUGAUAUCCCAAUUAUUCCACUUAAUUUUGUCGUGAUCUCCCUGGAGAGUUUGUUUCACAGGGAUACAGUGGAAGGAUGUGUGAAGGAGACGCUGCUUUUUUUGUCACGAUCUAUUUCCAUCAAACAAAACGUGGAGUUUACGUUCAAAGGAAUCGGGGUCCUGGUGAUCAGAGACGGCAGGGUGAAGAUGAGGUUUUUCAGGGACUUUCUUUGCACAAUGGAUGGAAGUGGGGCUCUGGCAAAAGCCCUAGCAAAUCGGCCUGGCACUGUGGACUCAGUGUUGUCCAGCAGGGAGAACCCCAGGGAGCAGCCUAACAAUGUGCUUGCAUUUCCGAGGCUUGAGCUCAAGGAGAUGGAGAACAAACCACCCAUGGAGACCAUUGUAGAAGAAGGUGGGAAGAAUAAACCAAGGACAUGCAAGUUAAAAAACUGGACAGACAAAGAAGGCAUCAGAGAGAGGUUGUCACCGAAGAAACUUCCAGAUAGAAAAGCUAUCCCCUCUGGCAAAGAGAAAGGGGUCAACUUGCCAAACAGGUUUGAGCAGAGUGGGAGUUGGGGGAAGAAUAUGAAACCCAAAAGCUUAUCAUCUCCACGGUGUCUGAAAAAUGACAAUGAAAUGAAAACUAAAUUUCCCCCAGCCACUGCUUGCCGGGAUCACAAUAAGGCAGGACAGGAGAUGUGUUACGUCUGUUUGCAACGGGCCCAGCGGAAUUCCCCGUUGUACUACAGUGAGGAGAGGAAGAGGAGAGAGACAGAAGAUGAGCGACUCCUACAGCAGUAUCAAAUGUUGAAAGAUCAAGAGACUUUCUUCAAACACCAGAUGAGAAAUCUGGCUAGUAGAGAACAGAAUCAAAAAAAUGCUGCCUAUAAUCUUGGAGUUGCUGAAGCUAUGAGAAUCCACAAGAAUGAGAAACCUGAAUUUUAUAAAUCCUUCCUAUUUGAUAAACGGCCAUUCAGUCCUGAGAUUAAGGCUUUAAAGAGAGAGGAACAUUUCCAAAGUCUCCUGAAACAAAUGGAUAAUAGACGGAAGAAGGAACUAAACCAGAGAGAAAACAAAGAGCUGAUGGAACGCCUGGAGCAAGUGCAGCUCACAGAGGAACUUGCUGCACAAAGAGCCAAAUAUAUAGAAGAUAAGAUGAAAGAAACAGAGUGUUAUAAGAGAGCUUUGGAUGCACAGAUAAAGAACAAAUUCCCCCAGCUGCCCAUAUCUGAGCCAGACUCUUUCGAGCCCAUCUUUGGUGAGAAUGAGGAUGACCUGUGGGUAGAAAAGCGAAAGCGAGAACAGAAUUACAUGAAGCACCAGCUGGAGACAGCUGCUAAGCACAAGAGGAAAGCCAUCCUGGACCAACUGGUGGACCAGAGGCGGGAUUUGCUGAUGCUUCAGAACACACAGAAAGAGCACCUGGCAGAUAGGAAUGCUGAGCUGGAGCGAGUGAACAGGAUGAACCAAAGCUUACAGGAGGACUGGGAACGGAGUGCUGAAAUGAAGAGGCAGCGGGACCUGGAGGAGAAGGCUUUCGAGCGGGCCGCAGACAAGCUGUUCCUGCUGGACCAGUGUGAGAAGUACCAGCGCUGCAAGCAGUGCCAGAGGAGCACCUCCAACGUGGGCCACAGCAACCUGUGGCCACUGAACAAGUACCUGCGGGGGUCCCGGCUGUUUGUGUGA